AUGCCUCCUCCCCGCUCGCCUCCCCGGGGCAACAGCCUCCGCCGCCUCAGCAGCAGCAGCAGCAGCCCCUUCCGCGCCCGGCUCGCACCAAAUGGGCCAUUACGGCCUUCCACCUCCACCGCGGCCCGCAGUCUCGUCGAGACAAUCCUCCACCUUUUCAUCCUCUGGUCGCGAGCUGCCGUCGCUCAAUUCUAUCGCGAGGACCGGCAGUACGGGGAGCAGCAUGUCGAUAUCGUCUAUGCUCGGUGGGCCUCCGUCAAAUUCGAGGGAUUCGCACGCACCACCGCCGCCACCACCACCACCGCAACACUAUCCUGCAUCCUCGAGCACGCCCUCAACCUCCAGCGCCGCAUACGCGCCUUCGAUACACGCGACAUUAUACCCCCGAGCUACAGCGCUACGGGACUCCGCAAUACCAUCAGCGACCGCCUCCGCCGAUGCACGAUCAGGGUAGGGACUCCAGGAUGCCUGGGAAUGGGCCCCCUCCGCGACCCAGCAGUCAGCCUAAAUCUUUUGGCGGCAUGCACCACCCACCGCCGAUCGACCACUCACGGGCGCCGCCGCACGAAGAUCCAUAUAAUCGCAGGGAGGACCCUAACCGACGGCCUCCAGCCUCGGCCGAAUAUAACCCAGAGCGCACGGGGCUGCGUCCAGGUUACGACGACCCUUAUCGGGCAGAGCGGGAAAGACAGCACGAGGCGGACCAGCGCGAAAGGGAACGGCGCGACCGCACGCUGUCUACGGGAGAUGCUGGACGAUCACAUCCUGGCCACCCGGAGUACCCCCUCGAGGCCAUCCCGGAUAUGGUCCCCCAUCCCGACGCCCGUGAUCCGCGCGAUACCCGAGACCCCCGAGACCCCCGAGAGCGAGAUCCCCGAGAUUCUAGGGAUCCCCGUGACAGAGACCCCAGGGACCCCAGGGACCAGAGAGACGCUCGAGAUCCCCGCGAUAGAGACCCUCGAGAUCAACGGGAUGUGCGAGACCCGAGGGACAGAGAUCCUAGAGACAGAGAUCCGAGGGACCAGCGAGAUGCCCGCGACCCACGGGAUCCACGAGACCCACGAGAUCUUAGAGACGCUCGAGAUCCACGCGACCCCAAUCACUGGCAACGCCAGUCUGCCUACGACCCUGCGCGGCCUCCAUACGACUCACCCGGACACCAUCCCCCAGACACCCAGACUACCCGCCGACUUCUGCCGCACCCCCAUACGCACUCCAUACGGUCCGCCCAACCCAUCGUCUGGGUCCUUUGAAUCGCAGCGUUCACGAUCGAACGAGGACCCUCCUGGCCAGCAUAUGCUGAACCGCAAUCACCUCGCGAUCCAGGAGAUGAACCGGACGAAAGGGCGCGUAAGCCCCUUGCCGCAAGCCGUGCAAGGCGCGCAGCCUCAGCUUCAUGGACCCGCUGGAGAGCCGGGCAUCAAGUCCGAGUUUGGACGUGUCUUUUCGGGUCUGGGCGGUAUUGGUGGCUUAGGAGUGUCGAGCCCUGUAACCUCGGCCCCACCCUCCCUUCCGUUUUCCAACUCGAUGUCGCGGCGCGAUGAUGCGGACGCAGGAGCGCACGAUUCGCCUGCGGAUGGAGCGAAGAUGAUGCGCGAGGGGAGCCGGGGUAGACGCAGAAAGUUGAAGGAGGAGGACCCGAGAGAAGAUGAUAGCAGUGGACGGCAAACCCCCGGUGGGAAGGCCAAGCGCCCCAAGACGCUCCCCCACCACCACCACCAUCAGUAUACGCCUGACGGCACCGCCCCGCAGCCUGUUGGGCCACCCUUCAAGGCCGGCAAGGGCAACACGCCCAUCCAGUCACCCACCUUGCCGAAGGAUGGCGCGAUGCUUCAUCCCCAUGGGCCGCGGCCGACCGCCUCGACGUCAAAGCCCGCGCCUAGUCCCGUUCCCGUUCUACCACCCAAGCCUAAACAAAUCAUCAACUCAAAGGCCGUUCUUGAUUCCGUCGCGGACCGACCUAGACAUCACCUAGGCGAUACACUCUACGAACCCAUCUUCACGCCCUCCCGCCUGGUGCCGAAUGUGCCCUCCCACCGAGGCUUUUCUACAACGCCAAAACCGCUACCGUUUGACAGGAUCCGCGACCAAGAAAAUUGCACCAUCACUGUUAAAGUGGCUAGGAUCCACCUGACGCCCAGUGCCCGGGAGGAGGUCACGGCGCGCCGUGCCGUAUGGGGGACAGAGGUGUACACGGAUGACUCGGACGUGAUCGCAGCGUGCAUCCAUGGAGGCUGGAUCCGUGGCGAGUGGCCUGAAGAUGUGGACGUCAACAUGCUCGAUCUGGAUCGCGGAAUCUUUAAUGAUGGGCAUACGGGUCCCGUACACGUGCCGGCGGACCGCGAUAUGCACGUCACGCUCCUUAUCCUGCCGAAGCUGCAGAAGUACGGCAGUACCACGCGGUUCGGGAUACAGUCCCGUCAGUUUGGCAGCUCAUCUCGCUCGGAUGAUGGGCAGCGCGCGGUCGAGCACGACGGGUUAAGCUUUAUGAUUCUCGGGGUGCGGUGGGUGGAGAACGGCGCCGGGGCCCAGAGUAGGCUCCGAGGUCAGGCGCGCCGCGACCGGAUGAGGAAGGCGAUGCGAGAGGUCCGCACGACAUUCAACGGCGUAAACGGCGCGGCUGAUCUCGAAAAUGGCAAGGAGGUCAUACGCAAGCUGCGCUCUCAGCUUGAGAACGGCGUCCUCAUCCCGCCGGCGGACGCUGUCGCGAGCGAAAGGCUCGUGCGCAAGAGCGCCACAGCAAAGAUGGAGACGGGAGACAAAUCCACGGAUGCAGCUCUCAAUGGAGAAGCCGGAGAUGAGGAGAUGGCGGAGGUGGAGAAGACAGAGGGAGAACGCAGUGCUGAUGCGGUGGAGGCGUAA